UCUCUCUCCCUAUUUAUGAAAACGUCACUUCAAGUCCCUCCCUUUUUUGAAUCUCAUUAGUUUCUUGUGUGUUUCUCCCUGUCAAUAAUCCUGAAUCCAGACUCUCUCUAUUUCCAUCCCUCUCUAUCUGUCAAUCAGCGCCGCCUUUGAACUGAAAACCACUCCGACCAACUUCAACUCACUCAAUCCGAGCGGCUCAGCUCCAUCUCCGGCUUCUUUUUCUGCCAAGGUUCCCCUCUUUUUAGUUUGUAUAAACCGCCAGUGCUUGGAAAACGCCAAUACAGACUCUAAACUUUAACUCGGAUUCUAGAUCACCAAGAUCAAGGGUUUAAAACUUUGUGUUUUUGCCCCCCAAAAUUGCUCGGGAAAAUGCCGCAGCUCAACGGCGGUGGAGGGGACGAUUUGGGUGCGAACGAUGAAAUGAUUUCCUUCAAAGACGAAGGGGAGCAGGAUGAAAAAAUUUCGGAGAACUUAUCGGCAGAAAGGGAUUUAGCAGAUGUCAAAUCUUCUCUUGUAAAUGAAUCAGAAACAAAUCAAAAUAGCUCGUCAGAUUCGGAGGCGGAAAGACGGCCUCCGCCUAGGUCUGAAACUUUCAGAGACAAAACAAGAGAAAGUUUAGAGGAGGCUGCGAAAAGGCAAGAUGGAGGGCUGUUCAAGAGCCCACCGUACCCGGGCUAUCCAUUUAUAAUGAUCCCCGAUCUUACAAGCCCGUACCUUCCGAAUGGAUCACUUUCUCCAACAGCUCGCACAUACCUACAGAUGAAAUGGCCCUUGCUAGAUGUUAACCACGGAAGUCUUCAAAGUAGACAAGCACUUAAAGAUGCCCGGUCCCCGUCACCAGCACACAUUGUUGGGCCCUUCUGCUUGGAAUUCCCCGGACAGUCAGAUCUGAGCCUUCACCAAUUUCAGUUGUCUAAUAAAGUCCCAGUGGUACAGCACCCGCACCACGUGCACCCGCUCACGCCUCUGAUCACCUACAGCAAUGAGCACUUCACACCGGGCAACCCCCCUCCGCACCUACAGGGAGACGUGGACCCCAAAACAGGAAUUCCAAGGCCUCCACAACACCCAGACAUAUCUCCGUAUUACCCUCUAUCGCCUGGCUCUGUAGGGCAGCUCCCCCAUCCGCUAGGCUGGUUAGUACCACAGCAAGGUCAACCUGUUUACCCAAUCACAACGGGGGGUUUUAGACACCCCUACCCGACUGCACUCACUGUCAAUGCAUCCAUGCAAAGUUUUCUGUCCUCCAGGUUCCCUCACCACAUGGUCCCCCCUCACCACAGUUUGCACCAGACCGGCAUCCCCCACCCUGCCAUCGUCACGCCCAACGUCAAGCAGGAGUCCUCCCACAGCGACAUAGGCCUCAACAGCUCUACUAUACUGUACACACUCCACAGGAAACACCAGGACUCGAAAAAGGAGGACGAGAAGAAGAAGCAGCCCCACAUAAAGAAGCCGCUGAACGCCUUCAUGCUCUACAUGAAGGAGAUGAGGGCCAAGGUGGUGGCCGAGUGCACGUUGAAAGAGAGCGCCGCCAUCAACCAGAUCCUGGGACGAAGGUGGCAUGCUCUAACACGAGAGGAGCAGGCAAAAUACUACGAGCUGGCCCGGAAAGAGCGACAGCUUCACAUGCAGCUCUACCCAGGCUGGUCAGCACGAGAUAACUAUGCGGGUAACCAACAGGGCAAAAAGAAGAAGAGAAAAAGGGAUAAGCAGCCAGGAGAGGGCAAUGAACACAGAGAAUAUUUUCCAAACCCUUGCCUUUCACUCCCUCCGAUUACAGACCUGAGCGCUCCUAAGAAGUGUCGAGCUCGCUUUGGGCUCGAUCAGCAGAAUAACUGGUGUGGCCCGUGCAGGAGAAAAAAAAAGUGCAUUCGCUACAUCCAAGGUGAAGGCAGCUGUGCCAGUCCUCCCUCUUCGGACGGAAGCUUACUAGACUCCCCCCCAUCCUCCCCCUCCUCGGUGGCCCCCUCCCCCUCCUCGAAAGAGUCCAAACCUCAGACUGAACAAAUGCAACCUCUCUCACUGACUAUGAAACCGGCCCACCAGCCUCUCCACCACCCGCACCUCCUGGCUGGGCAACCUCCUCCGCCAUCUUUGGUUCUGCUGGAAAACUCUGCUGCUGCAGCGGGUAAAAUGCCUGGCGCAGCCCACAAUGGAGCCCAUGACCACGGCAAUGUCUCGUCCUCGCGGCAACCGGGCUCCUCAGGCGCCUCCCUGGCCAGGCCCUUGGCAGCAUUGCUGUGUCAUUCCCACUCGCUACACCCCAACUCCACGGCCCCUCAGCCUCUGUCGCUCGUGACCAAGUCUAUAGAGUAGCCUCCCUCCUUAUUCACUCCUGUCCUUCCUUCCUAUUUUUCUAGCUCUGCACACCUCUAUUCGGGCCCUCUUUCUUUUCUAUCUUUUUGUCUAUUUCUGUGCCAUAAGGCUUUGAAAAUUAGUUAUUGUUUUAUCAAAGUUCAUUGGUCAAUAUUUGACCCAUCAUUAUCAAAAAAUAUAUAUAAUUAUUAUAAUGAAUGAAUAAUACAAAGAGCUGUAGAGUAUAGCUUUGGGAAUUUGCCAACAUUUUCUUAACUUUUUAUUUUUUAUUAUUUUUUAUUUUGUAGUGUUAAACAGUGCAACAGAAAAUUGUUAUGUAGUUCCACUUAAACAUGUUUAAAUGACAGAUAUAAAAAGGUAGGUUAGAUGAUUAUUCAAUGAGCCCUUUUCCUGAAAGAGUUGGUUCUCCUUCAUUAUUUGUAUUAAAUACGAGCUUGCGAACCAAUCAUUUGACACCCGUACAAACCCUGGAGGGCAUGAGGAUCGUGGAGACACCUCUCUUACUGAGGAACAACUUUAAUUGUGAUGUUACUUGUUCUUCUUUAAAUGUACAGAAAUAUUGGUGUGUGUGG